CAGCUCAGUAGUUCACUAGCGGUUACACGUGCGAGGGAGCAGCAUGAACGGUACAGCUGACAGGGCGGACAGGGCAAUGGAGUCCCCUAGGAAGGCACCCCCUGCUCAACUACGGUCCGUGUCAUGGAACGAGGACGUCGGGGACAGUGAGCUGGACGUUCCUGGAACACCCCGCACUCCGCGCACCUCCACUACCCCAGGUCACGAGAAAUGCACGUUCCACCAUGACCUGGAGCUGGACCAUCGACCGCCCACCCGAGAGGCCCUCCUGCCCGACAUGUCUCGAGCCUACCGCUUGUUACUCUCCUCUCUCGGCGAGAACCCCGACCGGCAGGGACUGCUCAAGACACCCGAGCGGGCCGCUAAGGCUAUGCUCUUCUUCACCAAAGGAUAUGACCAAAGCCUCGAAGAGGUGCUGAACGAUGCGGUCUUUGACGAAGACCACGACGAGAUGGUGGUGGUAAAGGACAUCGAGAUGUUCUCCAUGUGUGAGCACCAUCUUGUACCUUUCUACGGGAAAGUUUCCAUCGGCUACCUGCCCACCAAGAAGAUACUAGGCCUUAGCAAGCUCGCCAGGAUCGUGGAGAUCUUCAGUAGGAGACUGCAAGUCCAAGAGCGUCUCACCAAACAAAUUGCUGUCGCAGUCACCAAGGCAGUUCAGCCAGCAGGUGUCGCUGUAGUUGUUGAGGGUGUGCACAUGUGCAUGGUGAUGAGGGGAGUUCAGAAGAUUAACAGUAAGACCGUGACUUCCACCAUGCUAGGGGUCUUCAGAGAUGAUCCCAAGACACGUGAAGAGUUCCUGAAUCUUGUCCACUCGAAGUAGUUCUCCUUAUGCACCCUUCAACUACCGCCAUUACCCCCUGAACCUCACAAUAUGGAGAAUCAGAAGCAUGUGCGCAGAGGAAAACUGAGAAAGGAAUCUUCUUAUCCUACAAACCUACAAAUUAUUAUCUACUAGAUUAUGAUGUUAGCUGUGUAAAAUUAAGCAAAAAUUGCAUAGUAUUUUCCCACUCUUUCCUUGAAGAUUGAAAUCACUUUGUUAUGUUAUCAGAAUAGCGACAAACAGAAAACUUCUUUUGGGUUGAAUUCAAGAUUUUACACUUUAAGCAAGUUAUCAUAUCCUUAAAUCUCAUAAAUAGUUUUGGAUUUGUGUGGAAUUUCUACCCUGUCAAAUCAUGCUAGAGAAUACAGAAACUGCAGUAAUAUUGAAAUAUUUUGAACCUGUUUUUCCUCUGAAGCAAAUGCAGAUGUUUGUGCAAGGUGAUAUUAAUGUUACUUGUGUGAUCAGAAACAAAACAGUAUUGCUUCACAGAGCCACUGCCCCAGAAUCUCUCCCUCUCUAAGAGACCUCCAUUCAAGAGCAUGAGAAAAUAUGCAAGAACUUCCAUUAAAAUAAGUUCAUAUUUAUUAAUUAUGUUUCUCUGAAAUUUCGAAUAUGUAUUAAAAUUCAGAGUAACAUUUUAAGGUAAAUUUAUGAACUCUUACUAAAAUAUUAUAACUGCAUAUGGAAUGGGAAUAUAAGUUUAAUCGUGUAUAUAAGUUUAAGACAGUUCACAGUCCACUGUCUAUCUCUUUGUUUUUACUACAAGUACUUAAAUGGUCAAUAUUGGUCUCGAAAUAAACUUGAUUUUGGUUGGCACUUAACAUUACAGACUGUUCCAUAAUAAGAGACAUAAAGAAUCAAAUUUUUCAUACUUCUUUCACAGUAUAAAAAGAAAGCCCAUUAGUUGACGGUGUGCUAAAAAUAUUUAACAAAUACAACACUUUUAAAUUCUUUAAAAUAAACAUUCUUGCUCUAAAAUAAUGUCAUAGUCUUUUUAUUUAUAUCAUAUUUUAUCUCCGAACACUGAAAUCCAAAAAAAAAAAUGGAAGGAAAUUACUGUACUCACUGUGAAGGAGUGGGUGAGGUAUGUAAAAGAAUUUGGUUGUGGUACAAGAAAUUUUGCAAUUGGAAUGUUGUGUGUCAGCUGUUUUUAUUUUGUCACAUGUGCAGUAGAGAUGAGGACACUUUGACAUUUUGACGGAAAGGAACACGAAAGAGUGGUUUCUAGAAUUCUGUUUUUAUUUAUGUAUGAUUGUAUGUGUGCCUUGCUAGCACCUGAGUGGCUGGACAGUUUCUUUUCAUAUUUAGUAUUUAAAAGUUCAUCCAUGAUAGAUCAGUGCCCAGUGAAUAUGGACAUUCUAAUUCCAAAAAUUUAGGCCCUUCAAAUGGGUCCCAAGAACCAAAUUGCGAUUUCAUAAGCAUACCUCUUAUGAUUUUGAUUAAAUUUUACAGAUUUUUCAGAAUCAUUUCUGAAUAAAUAUUCAUAGGUUGUAUCUCCAUGCACUCCAAAUAGUGCCAAGGUCAGGAAAAUGUGGGUUUAUAUACCUACUCCCCCCAUACGCCUUCAUGGUGUAGUGCCUAGUUAGCUAAGCACAGGGACAACUUUACCUUUUUAACUUAGAUGGUAUCCCCAUGAAGAUAAUGAUACACCCUCUAAUAGCUAAAGUGAGAAAUAUCAAUUUUGUCAAAAACGCCUUGAAUGGUUGGGUGGAUUUUAUUUAUGUUUCAUAUUUAGGAGUUUGUCCACCAUAGGUCAGUGUCUGGCAAAUGUAAGUAUGAACAUUCUACUUCAAAAUGUAGAAGUCCCUCACAUGAAAUCUCAAACAAAAAAUUUGAUUUUCUCUAUAAUAGAUCUAAUAACCUUGAUUAAAUUUCAGUUAUCUAUGGAGAUCGCCUCCUUAAAUAAAACUGCAUAAUUGGGUUCUUCAGGAAGACAACGGUAUGCCCGUUGAAGCUCAAACAUUUAUAGGAGAAAGUAUGUGGAAUGUCUUUCACUCAUCUAUUUUCUUAACAUUAUUGUGAGCUUGGAAAAGCCAUAAUUCCUAUUGGUAUCAAAAACUGCCACUGUGCUACAUCCCCAGCAUUAUGUUUAUUUUUUUAUUUGAUGAUAAUUCACCAAUAUUUCGUUAAAGGCCUGAUGUACUCGUACUUUGUUUUAAAAUUGUGAAAUAUGAUCAGUAAUCCAGUCUUCUGUCACCAGUUGAAUAAUUUCAUAAUUUUAAUCAGAAUAAUUAAUUGCAAGAUUUAAUUUCUUGUACUCUGCAAAAGGAAUGUCAAUUGCUUGCUUGUUUUCUUGCUUGUUUGCAUAGGUAACAUGAGUAUAUAAUUAACACAGAAAGAAGAAGAAACUUCACUCAAAAUGGUAGUAGGUAUUAUUUCAGAAACGAAUAUUUUUCAUUUGUAUGAAUAGAAGUCAUAGUAAAUAAUGUUACUCUGAAUGCAGAAUUAAUACCAGGAA